AUGUUCCGCGUAAGACACAUCCUCGCUCCGCGUUACCGCCAACUAUCAUACUCACUCAGCAAAAUGGGAAGAGAGAACAUUAUCCACUAUCAAUUGGAACAUGACCACGAGACAGACUUGAAAGGAAGCUCGCCGCCAUCGAAGCCUGCUUUGGAAGCGCCUCGUGCCGCCUUGGACUCGCCAUAUACGCUCUCCAAGCUGUCGACAAUGGCCGAUUUCUUGGCCAACAACCGCUUUUUCGUGGACUCCAUCAAACACAACCAUUCGAACCAGGUGUUUGAAUUGAACGGAGCGGGCCAGUCCCCUCACACGCUAUGGAUCGGAUGCCUGGACCUGCGUGCCGGAGAGCAGUGCUUGGCCACUUUGCCGGGCGAGAUUUUCACCCACCGGAACAUUGCCAACAUUGUCAAUUCCAACGACAUUUCGUCCCAGGGUGUGAUUCAGUUUGCCGUGGAUGUGUUGAAGGUGCGCAAAAUCAUCGUGUGUGGCCACACUGACUGUGGUGGGGUGUGGGCGUCCUUGUCGAACAAGAGAAUGGGCGGAGUCCUUGAUUUGUGGCUCAACCCUAUCCGCCACAUUCGGGCCGCCAACAACGAAGCCUUAUCGGCUUUGAAGGAUGACCCUCGUGCUCGUGCAAAGCGCUUGGCCGAGCUUAAUGUUGUUGCGUCGGUGUUGGCUUUGAAGAGACACCCAAGUGCCCUGAUGGCAUUGAAGAAGGGCGAAAUUGAGGUGUGGGGAAUGAUGUACGACGUGGCGACAGGAUUGCUUUCCGAAGUCGAAGUCCCCACCGAUGAAUUCGAAGAUUUGUUCCACGUGCAUGAUGGUGACGAGGAGUACAAUCCUCAUUAA